AUGCGAGCACAUAUUAUUGGUCGUACGGCACUGCGCGUGCGUGACCGUAUCGUUGGCGGAUUGCAGCCAAUUAACGGAGCUUUACGCAUAUCGCAACGCAAUGUUUCAAAUGCUGCCGAUACAAACGCUCUUGAAAUGAUGGAUUGCAAUGGAGUUAUGGGAUCAUACGCUAAGGCCCUUUACCUUGCCGCGAAAGAAGCGCAAAAUGUCGAAACCGUCAUGCGAGACCUAAACAAUCUACAAGAAGCUAUGGCUAUAUCUGAAGAAUUUAAGAUAUUUGUCUCUAGCCCGUGUUUGCGUUCAACAACCAAGGUUGACUUUCUGCGCGACGACAUCAAGGCACUGGGUAUGCCAUCUUUGCAAAAGCAGACAUUGUUAUGUUUGGAAAUACUUUUUGAACAACGUCGUUCUGGAGAUCUUCCUACAUUGGCGAAGCUAUUCGAGACCUUGUACAUGGCCACCAAAGGUCAGGUAAAAUGCUUCGUACACUCCGCGGCUGAUCUCAGUGCAAAACACAAAGGGGCACUAGAAAAUGCCCUAAAGAAGCGUCUAGGCAGCUCAUCGCAACCUGCAGUGGUUUACAACGUCAAUCCAAACCUUAUGGGAGGAUUGCUCGUACGUAUAGGUGAUCAGGUCAUUGAUGCUUCUGUGACUGCCAAACUUGAUCGUAUGCACUCACAACUUUCACACGCGACCUGA